AUAAAUAAAUAAUAAAACAAAUUAAUACAGCAUGACAUGUAGCAGUUCUUUUUAUAGAAUUGAAUAAAACCCCAUGUCUGCAUCAUAUCUCACUCUCACCACAUAAACUAAUCUACUAUAAUGUUUCUAUACAGUUCAUCAAUCAUUGUCCAAUUGGAAUUGAUUGACUUUUUUUAGUCAACUCUUUUGAGUUAUGUACAACAAGAAAAUGAAUUUCCCACACAAUAAUACCUUUUUUGUCAUCAAUCAAACCCAUUGUUUUGUUUUCUUCCCUUCUUCACUUUGUCUUAUGAUGGAUUUCUUGAUACUAAUUCUCAAUGUUUUCUUCUUGUCCUUUUCUCUCGUGUCUGCUGUUUCCUUCACCGAAUUCGUGUACCCGAAUUUCACGGCUUCGAAUCUCAGACACGUUGAUGCUUCCGGUAGUUUCUUGUUUUCUUCUAAUGGAACAUUCAAAGCUGCUAUUUUCAAUCCUGGUUCACAGCAAAUCAGAUUCUACCUAUGUGUUAUCCAUGUCGAAUCCAACACUGUUAUAUGGUCGGCUAAUCGCGACUCGCCCGUAUCGAAAUCGGGAACUAUGACUCUGUCCGGAAACGGCAUCAGCAUAACCGAAGAAGGCGGGAGUUUAAGGUGGUCCACUCCACCUUUCCAGUCGUUAGUUUCUGCCCUGAGGCUAACAGAAACCGGAAACCUCGUAUUGCUCGAUCGAUAUAACGCAACCCUUUGGGAGAGCUUUCGUAAUCCCACGGACACGAUUGUGAUCGGACAAGAGCUUCGUGCGGAAACGGUACUUUUAAGUGCUGUCUCGAACGAUGAUCUUUCUGUCGGUAAUUACGGACUUGCUUUAACUUUGUCUGAUGCCACUCUGCUUUGGAAGAAUCUUACAUACUGGAAACUGUCUAUGGAAACCAAGGCAUACGUGAACUCCGGUUACGCGGUUGAGUUCUUGGCGGUUAACCAAACUGGGCUUUAUCUGUUUGGUCGAAAUGGAUCUGCAGUCGUGAUUAAGGUUAAUUUGCCUCUGUCUGAAUUUCGAACUGCCAAGAUUGAUGCCUCUGGUCAGUUCAUUAUCAGUAGCUUCUUCGGGGUUGCACAAAGACACGAGUUUGUUUGGCCUAUCGAUGCAUGUCAAAUUCCAUUCGUUUGUGGGAAGAUUGGUUUGUGUACGAAUGGCGUUUCCGUAAAUAGUCCCGCGUGCUCCUGCCCCUCGGGUUUCCGUUUGAGUGCUUCGAAUAAUUCAACCAACUGCCUUCCUGUUGAUGGUUCUUAUUCAUUGGCGCCGGUUUCUUGCAAAUCAGAUGACAACAAAGGUUUGAAUUCUUCGAGGUUGUCUUUCGUCCAACUAGACUACGGUGUGGAUUACUUUGCAAAUGAUUUCACUCUCCCAACAAACUACGGAGUGGAUUUAUCGCAGUGUCGAGAUUUAUGCUCGCAAGAUUGCUCUUGCUUGGGUAUUUUCCAUGAAAACACUUCCGGUUCUUGUUACAAACUCGAAAACGUAUUGGGAUCUUUAAUAUCAAGAAGUACUACGCGUAACAAUCGACUAGGGUUCAUUAAAACCGUUAUUAGAGCUUCGCCAACGGAUUUCGGCGUUCUCAGCAACGAUGAGGCGGGUUUUCCUGUAAUUGCGGUGGUAUUACCGUUGAGCGGAUUCCUGUUCUUAUUCGCAAUAGCAAUCCUCUUGUGGAGAAGGUACAGUCUUGAAGAGAAAGUAAAGAAAAAAAAACAAAGCUUCAAAAACUCAUUAUCUGACCUGGAAUUUACAAUCCCGGGUUUGCCCUUACAUUUCGAUUACGAAGAGCUUCAAACCGCAACCGAAAAUUUCAAGACCAAAAUCGGAACGGGUGGCUUCGGCACAGUGUACAAAGGCAAACUCCCCGAUAAAACACCCGUGGCGGUUAAAAGAAUAACCAAUAUAGGUGCUCAAGGCAAAAAGGAUUUUUGCACGGAAAUCGCAGUUAUCGGAAACAUCCAUCAUGUGAAUUUGGUGAAGUUAAAAGGCUACUGUGCACAGAGAAGGCAGUGGUUAUUGGUAUACGAGUACAUGAACCGCGGGUCGCUGGACCGAACCCUUUUCGGACCCGGCCCGGUUCUCGAGUGGGCGGAGCGGGUCGAGAUUGCAAUCGGCGCAGCCCGGGGGCUUGCCUACCUCCACAGUGGGUGCGAACGGAAGAUCAUCCACUGCGACGUGAAGCCCGAAAACAUCCUCCUCCACGACCGUUUACAAGCGAAGAUAUCCGAUUUCGGGCUUUCGAAGCUUCUAACUCGAGAGCAAUCGAGUUUAUUCACGACGAUGAGAGGGACCCGCGGGUAUCUUGCUCCGGAGUGGCUAACGAGCUCCGCUGUUUCGGAAAAGACAGAUGUGUAUAGCUUCGGUAUGGUUUUAUUGGAGCUUGUGAGUGGGAGGAAGAAUUGUGGGUUGGUUACGAAGAGUCACAGCCGUGGCGGAAACAGCGGGAGCUCGUCGGUGUGUUCCUCUUCGGCGGGGGCCAUUUACUUCCCGUUUUAUGCGUUGGAGAUGCACGAGCAGGGGAGGUAUUUGGAGCUGGUGGACCCGAGGUUGCGGGGGAGGGUGACGAGUGAGGAUGCGGAGAAGUUGGUUCGGUUAGGAUUGUGUUGUGUGCAUGAGGAACCAGGGUUGAGGCCAACCAUGGUUAGUGUGGUAGGUAUGUUGGAAGGUGAGGUGGCUUUGUGUAAUCCGAGGAUUGAGUCUUUGAAUUUUUUGAGGUUUUAUGGUCGGAGAUUUGCAGAGGAUUCAGUUAUGGAAGAAACUAAAAAUAAUGGUGCUAUGGUUUUUCCAGAUGCUGCUGCUGCUGCUGCUAAUGUUUCAGACAAUAGUACGAGGAAUGCUACUCAUCGAUACUUAUCUUAUAUCUCUUCCCAGCAGAUUUCUGGUCCGAGAUAGUUUUUUUUUUUUCUCCAGUGGCAUUCUUUGUAAUUUUCCGUUUGUAUAUAAUCGAAUGUAUCAAACUUUCAUGCUUUGUUUAUUGACGAAAUCGAAUUAAACAAAAGAACAAAGAUUAAAAAAAAAAAAAAA